AUGAAAUUCCGGGCUUUGGAUUGGGACUACGACACCGAAGCUUCGUUGCGUCUUUGGGAUGCUGAAGAGCACAAGAAAACUUACGUAACUGUGCUUCCUGUAGAUCCGUCAACUUACAAUGACGAUGACCAUAGCUCGUGGUUGAUGCGGAAUCUUCAAAAGCUGGAUGGAAAGGAUGUGUUGCAGAACCCCGAUGCCGAAUCUUUUGUAGUGGACGAGCCAGGGUGGUGCAAGACGGAAAGCAGGGACAACUGCAGAAUACAUGCAGACGUUUGUCUUCAUGCUUCUUUGACUGCUCAAUCAGGUACUUACACGUCCCUACCGGAGCGAACUUUACAAAACCAGCAGGAUGGAGAGGAAGCAAAACGCUUUAAGCCACAAGAAACCAAAAAAGAAGCAGUGCGUACGAGAAACUCUCCUACAGGUCAUCAAAUGGCCCUUUUCACCAAACUUUCCAUCCAAGCUACUGCCGGAACGUUGCGUAUAGCCAACGAACCUUGGAAUGGCAAAAUUUGUCAACGUUCUCGCGAACCACAAAUAUUGUGCCUCAACAUGCUGACAUGCAAUCCUGUGUCCAUCGUAUCGUCAGGUGCAUUUCAACCAAUUUUCAGCCGAAUAAUAGAAAACCAGAGGUUGGAAAAAAAGCGUUUGCGAAAAGGUCGUCUCUUCGACAGAAUGUCAGGGAAUGAAGACGCCAAAGCGGUAUCCAAAAGGUCCAAACUAUCAAACCCGCUUCAGAGUUCAUUUGCACACGUAAAUGCUCUCCUUCCCCACAGAAGGUCGUCUUCGUCCGAUUUCACAGAUAUCAGCGCCACUUGUGCGACAGAAACGGCCAUUUUGACGCGAUCGCAAAUAACGCGCUCGUCUUCGAUACUCCUAAGGUGGGCCAUCCAGCUUGCCAUGGCAGCACUUCAAUACGAUUUGCCAAAUUCAAGGGCAAUAGCAAGUAACACAAUUCUCAAUUCUCAAACGAAAAUAUCAUGCCACGGUGAGAGCGAUUUCUGCCUUAAUCCCAUAGCGAGCUCAAGCGCAUCAGAUACUGGAAAGCGUUCGAGAGACUCGGACGCCGAAAGAAAGCGCGCAAAGAAAGAACGAAGGGUAGAUAAACAGGUCAAACGAGAAAAGAAACGCAAACGAAAAGAAGAACGUGAGCGCCGAGCGCUUUUCGAAAUGCCAAUUAAGGAGCCAGUGCUUCAUAGCCCGAAGAGGGAUGCCGAAGGAAAAAUAAACCCACCAAGAGCCAAGCAAACGUUGGAGGCUAGAGCUUCGCAAAACCACCCAACAAACACUAUCCAGUCCACAUUCUGUAUGUUGACAUCGUCAGCUGCGGACCCCCAAGCUUUUCAGAAAAACCGAGCUCACCCACAGGAAUGCACUUUCCGGCAACCAACGGAAACAGGCGGGAAGGGGGCUGCAUCGUCUGUAAUUCAGGCACUGCAGAAUCAGGAGAAAUUCAACCAUUCACGGCAUAAAUAUACACAAGUCUGUAUUGAUGUCAAACAACGGACCGGUGAUCAGAGCUUACCUGGAUUGCGUUCGACUUCAACCGAAAAAGCGAAGAGCGUAACCAAGGGGUGCAUAACACCUGUCCGAGCUACGCGUCCUAAAAGUGACGACACAGAGAACUUUCUCUUGCAGUCUCGAAAACCCCAUGAUGUAUCCAAUGAUUCGAGCGCGCUCAAACUCCUCCAACGUGACUUUUCUGGCCAUUUGCUUCCCAAUUCUGGUUCCACCAGUUUUGAAUUGGGUAAAAGUAGCAUGACUGAAAAUCAGCCUCAGUUGGCAGCAUCAGUAGCGAAAGUUGACAUGGCGGAUGCCUUCGAAGAAACGGGUACAGAUGAUAGUCUGUUCGUGAAUUUAAGGCAACAGGUCGAUGAGCGCCAGGAGCAUCAGCUGGUUCCUCAUUCUUCAGUGUUGAAUGGCCCAGAAAAAGACUACUUUAAUGAAAGUGACACAAUUCAUCGAUUGGAACCGUUGAAGAUUCUCUGUUCUGAGUCUUUCUUCGAAGAUUGGGGCGAAGCCGUCGGCCAGCUACUUUCAGGGCGUUGGGCUGCCUCAAAUGUAUAUCUCAGUCGUGACGCUGACGAUAGUUCCAAUUUUUACUCAAAAAAAGAAGUACUAGGCCGUAAAAUCGAACUGUGUGACUCACCUUUGGUGGACAGCCGAGAGGUUGAUAUUGAGCUAUCCGAUCGGUGCGCUAUGCUGGUAUAUCCGGUGUCUGCCUUUGCAGAAGAAUCCAACGCUCGGAAAAUCGUCUUUGGGCUGGCUGAGAUUACCGCUGUUGAUCGAUACCGCCAUAUCUAUAUAUUCAUUUGCUAUGAUGUUUCGCCAACUCCAGCCAUUCGCCAAACCCUCGUCCGUGCGCAAAAUUCUGUUUGGCGUCCACAAGGCGACUCCAUGUCGACGUCUUUCAAAUCAGUUGCCUCGAGGUCAUUGGCCGCGAGACUUGCAGAAACCAUCAUCAGCCACGAAGCAAUCCACUCUGCGAGAUCGCUUGCUACUCCCGUAUAUGGUCUGGUUGGAGAAGGAGAUGCGCGCCAACGCCUUCUUUUCCUACUUUCAAUAUGUCAGACAGCACAUCAUGCUGAAGUCGUCGUCCAGUGCAUUUCAGGCAUCUGAAAUCCAUCCCCUGGCCAUGAUUCAGCUUUCUCAUGCAUUGGUGGUAUUCACUGGUAAGUAGACGGAUAUAAUCCAUUAGGGCGUUACAUCUUAGAAAAUCUGAAACCCUGGAUCCGAAGCCUUCAGCUUGGCGUAGACAGUCUCCAAAUUGUCGUCUUCCUCAAUUGCAAACGGCCCGUCCUUUUGAUUCGGGCUUUGCAUAGACACCAAUACCCUCUUUAAUUCUUCUUCCUGAGAUUCGUCAUUUGGAUCGAUACGGUAGCCGCCAAGUGGUUCAUCUACAUACUUGUCUAAUGCAUCGUCGAUUUCCUCGCGAAUAUCUCUUGAACUUGAAGCUUUCACACCAAUCAUUUCAACCGACUGCCCCCAGCUCGCUUCUUUCUCAUCCAGACUUAUUGGCGGACCUACAGUCGGUAGAAAUACGCGACUAUAUGUCUCCAUAAAGGCGGUCGAAAGGAGACAGGCAACUUCUGCAUCACCGUUUCCCAAUGUCACACGACCAGCGCCACCAAAUUCUUCAUCGACGAACCGUUCAUAAUCAUCAGUUGCUUCAGGCGUGCUCAAGCCAACAUGGGCAAAUCCAUGCUCUUGCCCUGGAAACACUUUAACCAUGUGGUCCUUGACGCGAAAGUCUUGCUCCAGUAGUCGUUUCAGAUCCUCUGCAUCGCUUUUUGUUGCUCCUGGUACCUUGUCUUUUCCGGCAAAGACACCCAUAACAGCCAUUUUACGUUGCUCGUCAUUGAUAUCAGUCUCUGUGCCCAAAUGGUCUUUUCCAAACAACAGUUUGGCAUUGUAUCGACUGGGAUACCAGACGAUAGCCGCUACCGGAUUCACGUUGGGUGGCCCCAAUCUUCCAUCAAUAUCAUGAAUCUUGCCACUCGGUAAAUAUCCCGAAGCAAUUUCCAGUGCACGACCUCCACCAUAACAUGUACCCCAAACAACUACAGAGCUAACGCCGUACCGCUCCCGUAAGCAUGCGGCCGCGGCUCGAAUAUCUACACUCACCCGUAAUUCGUCUUGUUGGGCGCGCCACUGCUCGUAUGUUUGACCUCUAUCGUUCGUACUAUCGAUCCCUCCUACCCACGGCUUUCCGUGAAACAAAUCCGGUACCAUAACAACAAUCGGUUGACACUCAAACGCAAUCUUCUCUGCCAAAGCUCGGGUAUCAUCUGUAAAGGCUCCAUACACAUCUGACAGCAACAGUACGCCCUGUACUUCGGCAGCCGAAAGCUGCGCCCCGGUCUGUGUGUACUCACCCCAAUCGGAAAAUUCGCGGUUCAAGAUAUUUGCGUAUAAUCCAGUUUCAUCACCUUCGUCUAAUCCUAUAUCAUCUUCAAAUCGUAUUGGGCGUCGGGAUGCUUGUUCUCGCUUUAUCUGUAUUUCUCUUAGAUGCUGUUCCGCUUGUGUUCUUGGGCUGGUAGCGUUGCUACCCCCCGCACGAUCGCCACCAGCAAGAAAUGGUUUAAGCGCAUCGCGUGAAGCUACUACAUAGGCCUGUACAAAGGUUUGGUUUGAGCCUUUAUACUCGACAA